GCCUUCCCCUCAGCGACGGGCGGGGCCCGGCCGAACCCCCUCUAACAGCUGAAGUGGGUUGCGAGUGGGAGGCUGCGGCUAGUCCUCAGCGGUGUUUGGGAAGAUGGCGCCUCCGGUGACGGACUGGGGGCUGAAGAGCAUCGUGUGGCAGAAGAUAAAAGCAACAGUGUUUGAUGACUGCAAGAAAGAAGGCGAAUGGAAGAUAAUGCUUCUAGAUGAAUUUACCACUAAGCUUUUGGCAUCGUGUUGCAAAAUGACAGAUCUUCUAGCAGAGGGUAUAACUGUUGUGGAGAAUAUUUAUAAGAAUCGAGAACCUGUCAGACAAAUGAAAGCUCUUUAUUUUAUCUCUCCAACAUCAAAGUCUGUAGACUGUUUUUUACGUGAUUUUGGAAGUAAAUCAGAGAACAAAUACAAAGCAGCAUAUAUCUACUUCACUGACUUUUGCCCUGAUAGUCUCUUUAACAAAAUUAAGGCUUCUUGCUCCAAGACAAUAAGAAGAUGUAAAGAAAUAAAUAUUUCCUUCAUUCCACUUGAAUCUCAGGUAUAUACUCUUGAUGUACCAGAUGCAUUCUAUUACUGUUACAGUCCAGACCCUAGUAAUGCAAAUGGAAAAGAUAUCAUCAUGGAAGCAAUGGCUGAGCAGAUAGUUACAGUAUGUGCUACCCUGGAUGAAAAUCCUGGAGUAAGAUAUAAAAGUAAACCUCUAGAUAAUGCCAGUAAGCUUGCUCAGCUUGUUGAAAAAAAACUUGAAAACUACUACAAGAUUGAUGAAAAGAGCCUAAUAAAGGGUAAAACUCAUUCCCAGCUCAUAAUAAUUGAUCGUGGCUUUGAUCCUGUGUCCACUGUCCUGCAUGAACUGACCUUUCAGGCAAUGGCAUAUGAUCUACUGCCGAUUGAGAAUGAUACAUACAAAUAUAAAACAGAUGGGAAAGAAAAGGAGGCAGUCCUUGAAGAAGAUGAUGACCUCUGGGUCAGAAUUCGACAUCGGCAUAUUGCAGUUGUAUUAGAGGAAAUUCCCAAGCUUAUGAAAGAAAUUUCAUCAACAAAGAAAGCAACGGAAGGAAAGGUUUUACAGAGACACUUGCUGUAUUUAGAAUUCAAGACAUCACUUACUGCUCUUGCCCAGCUGAUGAAAAAGAUGCCCCAUUUCCGUAAACAGAUUACUAAGCAAGUUGUUCAUCUUAACUUAGCAGAAGAUUGCAUGAAUAAGUUCAAGCCUAAUAUAGAAAAGCUCUGCAAAACUGAACAGGACCUGGCACUUGGAACUGACGCAGAAGGACAGAAAGUCAAAGAUGCUAUGCGAGUACUCCUUCCAGUUCUACUCAACAAAAGUCAUGAUAAUUAUGAUAAAAUAAGAGCAAUCCUACUUUAUAUAUUCAGUAUUAAUGGAACUACAGAAGAAAACUUGGACAGGUUGAUCCAGAAUGUAAAGAUAGAAAAUGAGAGUGACAUGAUUCGUAACUGGAGUUACCUUGGUGUUCCCAUUGUCCCUCCCUCUCAACAAAGCAAACCAUUAAGGAAGGAUCGGUCUGCAGAAGAAACGUUUCAGCUCUCUCGAUGGACACCUUUUAUCAAAGAUAUUUUGGAGGAUGCCAUCAAUAAUAGAUUAGAUUCAAAAGAAUGGCCAUAUUGUUCCCAGUGUCCAGCAGUAUGGAACGGCUCAGGAGCUGUAAGUGCUCGGCAGAAACCCAGAGCUAAUUAUUUAGAGGAUCGAAAAAAUGGGUCUAAGCUGAUUGUUUUUGUAAUUGGAGGAAUUACAUACUCUGAAAUGCGUUGUGCUUAUGAAGUAUCUCAGGCACAUAAAUCCUGUGAAGUUAUUAUUGGUUCCACGCAUAUUUUAACACCCAAAAAGCUGUUGGAUGAUAUAAAGAUGCUGAAUAAACCCAAGGAUAUUAAAGAUGAAUAGCAUUUUAGCGGAGGAGGGAUUUGGAGAUUCUUAUUAAUUUGAUCAGCUAAAGUAGAUCAAGACAUUGUGGCUGUCAUGUAAUUUAAAAAAUGUAAAUAGUUUAAGGAAUAACGACUUUUCAAAUAUAUUUCUUAAGGGACUGUUUAUGAUUGCAUAUCAUUGGAUUUGCCAUUUUUAAUUUAAAUAUUGUUGCUUUGUAGAUGAUGAGAAGAAAUGUUAAAAUGCUUUCUAAAAGGAAAUAUUUUCAGCUUUGGAACAGAAUAUAUUACAGUUGUGGGUAAUUUUUCACAGCCACCUAUGUACAUAGUAAUUACUAAUUAGAUACUUAUCUGUCUAAUGCUGAAGUAUAGUUUUUUGGGAAAGAAUGAUUUUAAAUGAAAAGGUUGUAAAAGUAAAAACUGUGAACUUGUAUGUAUGACAGAAUGAUUUCCUAUAAGUGCAGUUUUUCUUUCAACUGAAAUUCAUAACUUCUUUUAUAUGUAAUUUAGUCAUUAAUAGGAAUAGAAUGAUUUCACAGCAUAUACUGUUGCUAGAUACUUCUGAAGAACACAAUUUUGUAUAAUUCUGAAUAAUGUAUGUUGAAAUUAGCAAACAAAAAUAAUCAUGAACAUUCUAAGAGAAAAUAAAUAUAUACUUACAAAAA